AUGACUUCCACCAUCGAAACUCCCGGUCAAGUGAAGCUGAAGAAUAUCGCCAAUGCUCCGAACUGGCAGCUCCGGAAUGUUACGAGGGACUUUACCAAAGAAAAGAAGAUAUCCAUGAGCUUUCAAAUCAACAGUGAAGGAUACGAACCGGAAUGGUUUUUCCUGCAAGUGAACGUGACACGCGAGGCCAAGGAUGCAUCCUUUUACAAGCCAUGCGACCCCGGCGGCAAUUUCUCCGUCUCGUGGAGUUUUGUCGGCGAAACAACCGGCUCCAUGGUGCUCUGGUAG